UCGUGCAGGCCGCGGGGCUCGACAGUCAUCUUCAAACUUCACACUCACUGUCACAAGUCCAGUCGUGUGAACCAAGCGAUGGGUCAUUGACUGGUACACACGGUUGAUUACUUAUUGAUAUGCAACUAUAUAGCCCCUCCGUUAAAGUGGCGAACCAGGUCGGGGUUGGUGGAAUGAUCUCUGGCUCAGUCUUCGGAGAUCAUGACAAGGUCGAAGGCAAAGUUAUCCGACAUCCCAACUGCUCACAAAACGGUCCGCUGAACAUAUCUAUCGAAGGCGUGUUUGAGUAUGUCUCUGUGAAGGAGGACCUAGAUGACGGAUCUGCCCAAGGACCUAAAACUUCGAAAUACAAGCACAUAUUCUUGUCGUCCUCUGCUGUUAUUCCUGUUUCACUUCUCCUUGACCCGCUUUCUGUUGUUUGCGACAUGUUUAGGGUACCAUAACUUCCCAGUGACUCGAGUUUGAAUGCCCUGCAUUUAGAUCAUGCGAAUUCAGCUUCGAAACUCCUCGCGGCAGUCAACCAGUGUGGGGGCCCUCAG